AUGGUGUCGUCACCUCUGCCUUCGUCGACGCUGGAUGCUCUGGCGCCGCCCUUCUAUCCGUCCAUGACGUGGUACCCUGCGAUCACGGACGACUACUAUCUGGAGCGCCCGCACUCGCCAGGCAAGGCAGGCUUCGUGAUCGCUGAUCCCGUGGAGCCCUUGGCCGAGAUCCCGGACGAGGAGCUGUUCGACCCCGCGUACUACCCGCUGACUGCCACUGAGAUGUUGGAGCUGGAGCAGGUGGACGAGAUCAACGAGAUCCUGGCCGAGCUGGACCUGAUGGAGAGCCACCAGGAACUGCACCACAAGCUCACUCAGAAGACGCGCGAACUGCGCUCUAGCUCUGAUGUGGACGCCGAGAUCUACAGCAUGAUGGCUAAGGCUGCCAAGGCCAAGAGCUUCUCCUCCAAGCAGAUUCAUCUGCAGAAGAAGAACAGCUUCCACGCUAAGAGGAACAUGCGCUCAGCGCUGCACCAGCCCCGCUCGGUGAAGUAG